AUGGUUAAUUUUCAGUACUACGAUGGCACCUUCCCCACGGCCAAGGAGCAGGCGGCCUUCGAGAGGAGCGUCUUCAGCAAGACCCAUCGGGCAGGCGGUGAGAGGAGCAGCGUCGACCUCUGCGUCUAUGUGGUGGGGGGCUGCCAGGAGAACGAGCUGAUGCUGUCGGCCGUGCUCGCCUGCCUCCUCGACACCCUCGGCCACCUCCUGCGGAAGGAGGUGGAGAAGCGCUGGCUGCUGGACAACAUGGAGGGGACAUUCCUGGUGGUGGAUGAGAUCGUGGACAGAGGGGUGAUCCUGGAGAGCGACCCGCAGCAAGUGAUCCAGCGGCUGAGCCUGCGGGUUGAUGACAACCCUCCAUCUGAGCAGAGCAUGUCUCAG